UCCUAUCUGAUUAUUCUUUUUAUUAUUUAUAGAAUUUUCCAAACAUUGGACAUUUAUUAACGAGUAUUGUGAGGCGCUUGAACCAGUUUUCCGACUGACCAUCUAUCUGCAGCGUGAACACGUUCCACUUUCUGAGUUUUACGCGCAGUGGAUCAUUUGCCAGGCAUCGCUAUUUAAUUUGCAAAACAAUAAAUUGGCGGUAAAGUUAUUAGCCGCAAUGGAACAACGCCUCAAGAAGCUUACGGAGACAAUUCAAUUCAAGGCCGCUCUCUACUUUGAUCCGCGAUUUAACUAUAUCGGUUCGGGAAAAAUAAUAACCGAAGACAAAGAAGCAGUUCAGCGGUUCUUGCUGACAUUAUGGACACGGCUCAAUGCCAUCGAUAGCACCGAGGAAGACGAGGAACCGGCAAGCAGCGACGCGUCGACUGAAACGAAUAGUUUCAUAAAACAGUAUUUGGACACAUAUUUCCAAAAGGACGCUGUUGUGGAGGAUGCCCCAGUCACCAAGCCGUUGGCCAAGAUUCACCGGCUGAUUAAGGAGUUAGAGUUUCAGCCAAAAGUGUUAUUGGAGAACCAACAAUUCGACGUAAUGAAAUACUGGAUGAAGCAGCGGACGGGUCAGCCGGAAUUGUAUCGCUUAGCCAUGGUGGUUCUUUCAGCGCCAUCUACCCAAGUCAUCAUUGAACGAUCUUUUAGUGCAUUGAAACUCAUCCUUAGUGAUCUGCGACAGCGGUUGUCUGACCCACGCAUUCAAGAUUUGAUGAUCCUGAAACUCAACCCUGAUUUGCUGCCUCGUGUUGUGCAGAUUUUGGAUAAUGAAAUUUAAGUUCAUUUCGAUUUUGUAACUAUAAGCAACCUGUAAUGUGAUACUGUUCAAUUCUCUUUAAAAUAAAUUGAAAUACAAAUAAAUAUUAAUUUGGUAUGCUGCUGAUUGUUUUAUGAUUCAUAAAUAAGACCCAGCUCAACCAACUCUAGCUUCAACCACUACUCCUAUUCAAAGUUUGAAAAUAAGCCGUCUCCGACUCCACUCCUCAAACGAGAUCCGACACCACAAACUCCGGCUCCGAACCCGACUCCACAGCCCUGGAAAUAAUACAAGAGGUCCCGCCCGUGUGGAUCAAUCGGACCGCGCACUGGCUCACAAUCCAGAGGUUGCUGGUUCGAAUCCCGCGGCGGGCGCUCUAAAAUUCUUUGUGUAAAUAUGGGUAUUCGGCGCCGUCGCUCCGUGCCAUACUUUCAUACACUUAGGAGCCCAGGGCGGCGAAGUCCUUGUAGUUAAAAAGGAAGACACUAGUGGUUGGUACUAGCAAUGGUGGCCGACAGCUAUAAAGUCAACUUCGUUUUUUUUUUUCAUUCAUCCCUGGAACAAAGCUACGUCAUUUGCGCAUGUCACUUAUUACACGGUUCAUUGGCUCAAGAACCGGGGUUGGGAGUUCCGAGGAUUCCUUAUGGACAAUUUGGGGUUGCACGGGAAGCCGGUCGAAGCUCAUGAUCGUUUUCAGCUUGGGGUCACCAGGAGUUGCUGGUUUGUUUAGCGGAUGCCAAGGGGUGGAUGGAUUACCAGGAACAGAGCUUACGGGCCCGCUGAGGUUGGGCGAGCGCCUCUUUGAUCGCAACAUUCUUAGAAUAUCGCCUAGGUAGAUUCUAUCAAAACAGUGUGAUUUUGUUUUGAUUGCAUAGAGUAAAAGUUGAUAUUGUUGACAUGUUUCAGUCUAAAUAGGAACUGAUAAUCUUAACAAUUACUAAUAUUAAUUUAUAUUCACAGUUAACCUAACAAUUUUGUUUAUUUUAUUAAAAAGAAACAGUGUUUGGUACAUUACAGCAAAUUUAAUUUGAAAAAACUAACAAUAAGAUAACCGUCAAAAAUCGGUAAUUUCACCCAACAAACGGCAACAUCACGAGGGCUUGAUGUUCUCGUAUUUCAUCAACUGAGAGAGAAAAUUCAUGCUCGCUCUGGGAGAUGAAGCCGAAAAUGAAUGAAUUUCAAUCAGGCGAAACACCAACGAAAUAUCGAAGGGCAACAAAAAAAAAAUCCUUUCGAUGUUUCAUUUCGUAUGGAGCGAAGAAUCAUUGGCGAUGAUUUUUUUACAGUU